CUCGGGGCUGUCAACACUCUUCACUCCCUCUUAUCGCCAUCGUCGCCACCACCCUCUAUACGCAACCAUAGCGGCGACACGAGAUUUAUUUCAAGUCAGAUCGCCCCCCUCAUACCCUUCUGUGCGGCAUCGUGUCUGCUCAGCGACCUUUCGAGAUCUCCGCUCAACCGCGUUCUCCAUCACUAGGCCUUCUUUCUCCUCGCAGAAGAUGGGGGGCAUAGAUGGCCUCAUACCGCUGCACUCCCCAUUACGGAAUCAUCUACUGGGACAAUACUUUCUCGUUUCCAUCUUUGUGCUGCACUCGACCUACCAUGGGCUGGCAAAUACCGUCUUCUUCGGCAGCGACCCAGCGCAGCUCAAGAAGCGAGCAUGGAUCCUGACCACGGUCAACGCCCUCGUCAUGACGCUCGCCAGCCUCCCCUUCCUCGUUGAACUUCUGUACUCGGGAUUCGAUCUGCAUGCAGUAAAGCCAAGGACGGAGGACAUUGUAGAACCGAUGAGCUGUUUCUUCGUAGCUUAUCUCUUGAGCGACCUGGGCUUGGGCUCAGUCUACUACCGCAAGCUCAUCAAUCUGUCUAGCGGGUGGAUUCAUCAUUCGGCUUACACCAUCCUCUUUGCUUACUGGCUCCACAAAGGAUGGGGUCAUAUCGCUGUCAUGGCCUGCAUCUUCGAGCUUCCCACCUUUGUGAUGGGAAUCGCAUCGCUUCAUGCACCACUUCGCUCAAACGCCCUUUUUACCGGCACAUUCUUCCUAACCCGCGUCUUUUUCCACUUUGGAUUACUAUGCGCCACCGUGACGCCUCACGGUCGCUCAACGCCAACCAUCGACGGGAGCUGGGGACCAGCCAUUUCCGUUCUAGCCACCUACCCUAUGCACAUAUGGUGGGGUUACAAGUGUGUCAUGUCUGUUCAGCGAAGGAUGCGCAAGCGUAAGGCCGAAGCUCGACGGCAGCGAGAAGCGCAAAAAAUCGCAGACAAGGAGGGCGUAUCUUAUUUCUUCAGUGGCGCGGGUCAACUCCUCAACGGCCUCCCUGCUCCAGACACGAGCAGCGCCCUCAAUACACCAGCGACGACGCCAGGAGCCAGCCCGACUGGAGAGCGCCAGGCCCUCUUCAGCUCGGCUCUACAGCGCGUCGCUGGUACAAGUCGUGCGCCCAUCAAUCUCUUCAUCGGGCGCCGAAUCGCGAAGGAGCCGAGAUCUGCAAGUGGCGUCGCCGAUGUGAAAUCGACUUUCACCUUGUCCACCACAACGCCAGGUAUGCGUGGUGCAGGAGGAAAGCCGGCGCAAAUUCGUGCAACUCAGAUGGCAUCACGGCAACCGUUUACUGCCCCUGUGCCACCCCAAGGAGCGACCGAUGCGGAUCGCGAACCAUUUUUGGCCAUCAGGUCGCCUGCCGAAGCACAAGACCGGGCUCGACGAUUGGUGGCCGAUGCCAUCCGUAAGGCUUGGUCUUCAGCCCCCGAAGCAUGGCGACGCCAAUUUGAAGCCGAGAUGGGCGACGAGGCGAUUCCUUCGCGCGCUCGCGCUGCCAUGACUGGUCGUCGAAGGUCUGGCGAUAGCACAGCCACUUCGGCGUCUGAGACUGAUAGUGAGAGCCUCACCGCCGAGGAGAAGUCGAGGAUGCAGCGAGGCAAGGCGGCAGCAAGGCGCGCAUUCUUUCGCGCUCUCCGCCGAGCCAUCCACGGCCGUCUUCCUGGCGAUGAUGAGGAGGUUGCCAGCCAGGGCAUCACGGGAGCUAAGGAUCGAAGGAUCUUAGAGGCCAUUCUCAAGCUUAGCGGUCUUCCCUUGCCCCCGGACCUCGUUGGGCAAGAUUAUGCUGUGCGCGAAUUCCCUGUGGAAAGAGACGUUGCAGGAGGCAGAAGGAAGCGCAUUGUCGGUCAGAUCCGAAGGAGGAUGGAAGUGGCACGCAGAGAGAUUGUUGUCGUAUAACGAGAGAGGGACGGGCGGUGUAUACCCACUGACACUGAUUUCCAUUACCAAUUCAUCUUGUGAAGGUCUUAUUCUGUGAUUGUGAUCUCC